UUCACUGUUCCAAAGCUAACGGAGUCUAAUAUGGGAUUUGGUGUGCUGGGAGUGUUUCUGGGGCUGCUGCUGGAGGUCUCCACCCAUGGACCCCACGCUGUUCCUCGAACUUCCUGGAAACACCAAGAUGUAGAUCUUCUGGAGUUUUCAGAGCCUGGGAUUUUCAACUACUCCACGCUGCUGCUGAGUGAGGAAAGAGACGCUCUGUAUGUGGGAGCAAGAGAGGCCAUCUUUGAGCUCAGCAAGAAGAACGUGACGGUCAAAAACCAAAAGGUUCAAUGGACAGUGACAGAGAACCACAUGAACAUGUGCACACUUAAAGGAAAAUCUAAAGAGAGAGACUGUCUAAACUACAUCCGAGUCCUCCAAGCUGUAGACCAUGAGCGGCUUUACGUCUGUGGCACACAUGCUUUUCAACCUCAGUGUGAUUAUUUAAAUCUUGAUGACUUUUCUUUAGCGGGUCAGGCUGAAGAUGGGAGAGGGAAGUGUUCUUUUGACCCAUCGCAAAGCUUCACGACUGUCAUGGUUGAUGGAGAGUUGUAUUCUGGGACAGCUUAUAACUUCUUGGGCAGUGAACCAAUUAUUUCCAGAUACUCACCUUCCCAGUCUCUGCUGAGGACGGAGUACUCCACAUCGUGGCUUAAUGAACCCAGCUUUGUCUUUGCCAAUGUAAUCAGAGAAGGGAAGAACAGGGCAGCUGGCGAGGACGACAAAAUCUAUUACUUCUUCACUGAGGUGUCAGUGGAGUAUGAAUUCUUUGGCAAGUUGCUCAUUCCCAGGGUGGCUCGCGUCUGUAAGGGAGACCUUGGGGGUCAGCGCACCCUGCAGAAGAAGUGGACGUCCUUUUUGAAAGCCAAGCUGGUGUGCUCCAUGCCUGAGCUGAACUUUGUUUUUAAUGUAGUGCAUGACAUCUUCAUCCUGAAGGGGAAAGACGGGAGAGAUACGGUCUUCUAUGGAGUCUUCACUUCUCAGUGGGGUAACGUAGGUUUGUCAGCUGUGUGUGCCUACAACAUGACAGCUGUGGAGGAAGUCUUCUCCAAAGGAAAGUAUAUGCAGAAGGCCACAGUGGAGCAAUCUCACACCAAGUGGGUGCGGUACAACGGCAUCACUCCUUCUCCACGUCCUGGAGCGUGUAUUACCAACCUGAUGCGUCAGCAGAACAUCAACAGCUCACUCCAUUUGCCUGACAAAACCCUUCAGUUUGUUAAGGACCACCCCCUGCUGGAGGAUCCCGUCCUGCCCAUCGGCAACAGGCCUCGGCUCAUCACCAAAGAUGUCAAUUACACCCAGCUUGUCGUGGAAAAGAUUCAAGCGCUCGAUGGCAACAUUUAUGAUGUAAUCUUCACUGGAACAGAUAAAGGAGUCCUACACAAGUCUGUGGUAUUACAGGAAGAGGUUCAUAUUGUGGAGGAGAUCCAGCUCUUGAAGAACUCUGAACCAAUCAAGAGUUUACUUCUUUCUUCAAAGACAAGGUCGGUGUAUGCCGGGUCUGAUUCAGGUGUGGUCCAGACACCCACAGCUUUCUGUAGAAAGUAUUUGUCCUGCGAUGACUGUGUCCUGGCUCGAGACCCCUAUUGUGCCUGGGACCCUAACGCUGCGGCCUGUGUCAACAUCCUCGACACACCCAGGCAGAGGCUUCGGAAGCUAAUCCAGAGUUUGAAUGGGGAUGCAGACAAGUGUCCUACAGUGCCUCAGAAGGACUACCAGUCCGUGUUGGUGAAACCAGGGAGUUCUGCAGAGCUGCCCUGCCUGGUAAACUCCAACCUGGCCCAUGUGAUGUGGAAAUUUAACAGCUCUGUUCUCAGUGAGGCCUCUCGCUUCCACUUCAUAGCCGAAAACGGGCUCCUCGUUUACAGCGUGGCUCCCGAGGACCAAGGACAUUACGAGUGCUGGUCCAUAGAGUGGGUUCCUGCUGUUGGGAAGAACUUCACCCGCCUUCUGGUCAGAUACGUGGUGAAACUGGAUCUUCCACCUCCACCCCAGUCGACCCAUGCAACCCGCACCCUGAGCAGCCAGGAGCAAAGUAGCGUGUACGCAGCAGAAGGUAAUAUUGAAACACAGAGAGACUCACUAACUUCGACCAGCUUCACAGCCACAGUCCAUUUCACCUCCCCACCCCAAACCGAUUCAUCACUAACCCCACCGCCCAGCAUCACAAUCAAAGUUCAACCAAAGCGGAACCUCCCCCUGAACUCCGUCGCUCCCCACCCAGCCAGCCGGGAACCCGAGGCCGAGUACCUGCAGCGCAACAACAGCGUGGCUCUCCUCUUCCUCUUUCUCCUGUUCUUCCUCCUGUUCUUGGCUGCGAUGGUGUACAACUGCUACAUGCAGUACCUCCCCGCUCCCUGCCUGAAGCUGCGCGCCGCUCUGCUCGGCACUCACAAGUGCUCCCAUCAGCCCGAGUACAGGGCCUGUGAGGCCGGCCUAAUGGAAACAUCUGCAACCGACAAAAUUAACAUGACGGAGCAGCCGACCCAGAACGGCAGCCAGGCCGCUCAGAACCUCCGGGCGCUCCGCGACACCGGGUAUGAGACUGAACCAGAUUGUGGCAACGGUCAGCUCCCCUCCCACAGCUUUGGAAGUGACAGCCCCUCACAGGAGAAGCCUUUCGAUGUGGACUGUGACUCCCAGUCCAUCCAGUUUGCAGAUGCAGAUGAACCUUGCUCCUCAUCUACAGACACCUCCUCCUCCCUGUUCUCCUCUGGAGGUAGCACUCCCUUUCACUCCUCUUCCUCCUCCACCAAGCCCCACAAUGUGGAGGCUUGGGAGGCUGAGGUGAGGCUGUUGCCCCCCUUGCUAAAGGACCAGGCCUGGGGGGUUCAUGCCCAGGAGUCCUUCCUGCUCUUCUGCCUCGCCCUGGGUGAGUAG